AAGAUUAAAGCGCGCAUACGAUCACACACACACACACACACCAAAUUAAGAGAGAGAGAGAGAGAGAGAGAGAGAGAGAGGCGGUUUCACAUUUUGUUUGCGGUGAGAAGCGUCUCUUCGGGAACUAGGGUAGUGGGAAGUUGCAUGGGAAGUUUUGGUCUUCUUGUAGCUGUGUUCGGAAUAGCAAUCCUUGAAAAGUAUUGUUUGCAUUGAGAUUUUUUGGCGACUUGUCAACAUUGAGAUCAAAACAUUUUUUGUAGGAAGCUAAGUUCUACAAGUAGAGGGCUCAAAGUUUUGUAGCUAUUGUGCGUAUGCGAAUUGGAGAAUUUUAGUUGUAGUAGGCAAUAAGUGCCAAUUAGGGGUCAAAAGCUUUGUAAUCUUAGAAGUUGUAAUGGGUUUGAUAGAUAAUGGGGCUGCACAACUUGAGUCUAACAUGUGUGAACAGUCGAAUUCUCCCAAAGAUAAAAAAUCUGAUCCACCAUACGACAGUCGAAUGGAUCAAGAGAGAUGUGUCAGCGAACCAAUGGAGCAAAAAGAGACUAAUGAAUCUCAACAUAUUGAAAAGAUAUUAGUUUCAGCACAAGAAAAAUCACAUGAGACUCGAGAAAUAGGACUAGCUAAUGGAGAGAUUCCCCAUAAUGAGUAUACAAAUGACCAAGAACCAACAUUGGAAAAUAUGAGGAUACAUUUAGAUUCUAAAUAUUUGGAGGUUGCAUCCCAAAAUGUGCUCAGUUGUCUUGAAGAUAUAGGUAUUCCUCCUGGAACAACUUCCAUUAAUCCUGGCUGUGGAGCGCAAGUACUGCUGAACAUAGAAGCUACUAAUGAUUCUGUUCUCCUGGAAAAUGGUGAUAGAGGGUCUCUCCAGGAACAUCCUGGCUGUGGAAAGCUAGUACCGCUGAAGGUGGAAGUUACUAAUGUUAAUGAUUCUGUUAUCCUGGAAAAUGAUGGUACAGGGUCUUCCACGCAGCAAAUAAAGAGAAAAGCUAAAUUAGAAGGUCCAUCAAGUACCUCGUGGCUUUUGCGUUCAAGAUCGCAAGAAAAACUAAAGGCUCCUGAGCCUGUUGCUGUUGAGACUGUCAACGAAGGCAGUGCUAAUGUAGAAAAGAAAAAGAGGGGAAGAAAACCAAAGAAUAUGCAGAAAACUACUGUCAGUGAGUUCUCUAGGAAAAAAAACCAUCUAAGAUACUUGUUGCACAGGAUAAACUAUGAGAAAAACUUAAUUGAUGCUUAUUCUGCUGAAGGCUGGAGAGGGCAAAGCUUGGACAAAUUAAAGCCGGAGAAGGAGCUCGAGAAGGCAAAAUCCCGUAUUUUGAAUUACAAAUUGAAGAUAAGAGCCUUGUUUCAGAGCCUUGAUCAGUCGCUCACUAUGGGAAAGCUUCCAGAAUCUCUAUUUGAUGCACAAGGAGAGAUCGACAGUGAAGAUAUUUUCUGUGCAAAAUGUGGCUCUAAGGAUCUGACUCUUGAGAAUGAUAUCAUUCUUUGUGAUGGUGCCUGCGAACGAGGAUUCCAUCAGUUCUGCCUGGAACCACCUCUCUUAAAAACAGACAUUCCUCCAGGUGACGAAAGCUGGCUUUGCCCUGGAUGUGAUUGCAAAGCUGAUUGCAUUGACGUGCUUAAGGACUUCCAUGAAACGAAAAUUUCUAUUAUUGACAGUUGGGAGAAGAUAUUUCCUGAAGCUGCUGCAUCAGGAGAGAAAAUGGAUGACGGUUUUGGGUCAUCAUCAGAUGAUUCUGAGGAUGAAGAAUAUGAUCCUGAUAAGCCUGAUAGUUCGGAGCAGGUUGAAGGAAAUAAGUCAAGUCCAGAUGAAUCUAGCUACUUUUCUGCCUCUGAUGAUUUGGGUGCUUCUGAUAAUAAUGAAAAGUAUCUGGGGCUUCCUUCUGAUGAUUCAGAAGAUGAUGAUUUCAAUCCCUCUGCUCCAAAUCAAGAUAAUCAGGUGAAGCAGGAUAGUUCAAGUUCUGAUUUUAGCUCUGAUUCAGAGGAUCUUAGAGCUCUGAUUGAAGAUGAUGAGACUGCUACUAGUGAAGAUCACAGGAAAACUUCGGAAUCAGCACAUCACAAACAAAAGUCCCAAGGCUUUGGUGAAGAAAUUUCCUAUGUGGGUAGGAAAAAGAGGCAAUCACUAAAAGAUGAGCUAUCGUACCUUACAGAGGCUAGUGCAGAACCUCUAUCCAGAAAAAGACAUGUAGAAAGGCUGGACUACAAAAAAUUAAAUGAUGAAACAUAUGGUAAUUCUUCUUCUGAUUCAAGUGACGAGGAUUUCGAUGAUGCUACCAUCACUAGGAAGAGGACGAAAACUGAUCAUGAUGAAGUGAAGUUUUCUGUUGAAACUGUUGUUACAGCGAGUAACACAAACAAAGAGGAUGAAAACCAAACAGUGAAGAAGCGUAAUUCUAAAGGGACCCGGAGAAAUAAUUCUGAUGGUUGUGCUAGUGCGAGUGCUAAAAAACCAACUCCUAAACGGCUAGGAGAAGCUGCAACACAGAGAUUACUUGCAUCCUUCAAUGAGAACCAAUACCCUGACAGAGCUACGAAAGAAAACCUGGCAAAAGAACUAGGGCUUGAAGUCCGACAGGUUGGUAAAUGGUUUGAGAAUGCACGUUGGAGCUUUAAUCACAGACCACGAGUGGAGUCGGAUUCAGCUGAGAGACCACCUACUGGUACUGAUGGCACACACUCCCAUCAAAACACAGAAUCAAGUGAGAUCUCAGCGCAGAACCAUAUUGCAAAACUGAGAGAGGAAAAUUUGGUAAAUGAUACCAGUGGAGAUUCUUCAGGAAAGCAGGCAACUGAAAAAGAAGAAAGGUAAUUUAGAUCUGGCUCCAGGUGACGAGAAGAAUGGGCUAGGUGAUACGCAGAGUGCGCAACUUCAUAGCAGCAACGCUGUUUCUUGAUUGUGCAAUGUUUCUUGCAAAAUAUCUUCAACUUCCAUAGAACUCAUCACAUGAUCUUGUUGCUUUGUGUCUAAACAAGUGCAUUGUAUCUCCCGUUUAAUGUUCAAUGCUCAUCACCCCGAAAUCGAAAAUGGUGCUACAGUUCAGCAGCUGGGCCCUGGUGAUCCUCCUGCCUCAUGGAUCCGAGCAAGUUGAGGUUGUUCUCAACCCAGUGAAUUGUGGACUUCGUCCGGCAGUAAGGAGUUGAAGCUUCACCCGGUGGUACGAGGUGGUGAUGAAUCUCAAGUUAAAGCUCAACUUAUCUUUUCUAUUUAUGCGUUAGUAAAAUGGUUAUUAACUAUUCCAAUUUUGUUAUAUAAAAAAUUAAUAUCAGCAUUGAUAAGGCAUGUAAAACUUAUUACGGACUGGGAGUGGAGGUGAAUGAAUAAUUAUAUUUGUUUAUCUCAUUCAAUAGAAAAAUAGAUAUAAAUGGCAAUUUAUUUGUUUAUUCACCUCGGAGGUGAAUGAACAAUUUAUUUUCUAUUUA